CAUUCAUCGAUCAUUGGUCAUUCCAUGACCAAUGCAUAACCAUUGCAUGUCCAUGGAACAUCCACUCUACGCUCAUCUCGAGUCCAUCUCAUCGGUCUAUUUAUGUCUCAUUCAUGUCUCAUUUGCACUCAUUUCUCCUGCCAUUGUGUCCUCUAAUCUCAUCUUUCCACUUAGUCCCCCAUCCUUUACCCAUUCUACUUCUACUCUUUCAUACACCCCCUCCUACACUUUCUCCUACGCUUUCCCCUACGCUUUGUCUCUCUCUAGUGCCUAAUCCUUAAUUUUGUAGACGUGCGCAAAAAUCAAAAUGGCUAAAAAAAAAUGUUAGCUCGCC